CUGAGAAGUGGAAAGCAUCAUUUUUACCCUAGAAAAAAGAAAGAUGCUCUAUAGCUGCUUUCUGGGAGAAUAAGAGUGGGAGGAUGCGGAGCUCUUGAUCGUGUGCUUCACACCGAGUGUAACUUACAGGAUUUACAGGAUGUCUUUUGGAGUAUGUACAGCAGUCUGACACUGUGCACUGCGUCUUCUACACGAUGCCUGUGUGAGUGUUUUAUUCAGGAUGGAGCGCUGUGAGAGUGGCGUGGCUGUGGCCGUACAGCCCAGUCCGUCCUUGGACAGCGCCGAGCUGGAGUUUGCCCAGGCUGCUCACCGCGGGCACCGACUGGCUGUGGGCGCCUUCUACGGCUCUCGCCGCUCCAAGGUCCAGACUCAGCCGAGUCCAGAGGAAAGCGUAGAGGGAACGGCGGCAACAUGCGAGAAGCCAGCGCGGCAGAGUGGGAGGGCAUGUGGAGGGAAGUUUCUGGUCUUUUAUCUGGACUUGUCCUUUGUUUUCUUGUUAGAAUUGGAGAAGCUGAGGAUGGCUCGCGGGUGCCUGUGCUGUGUCAAAUACAUGAUGUUCCUCUUCAACCUGCUCUUCUGGUUAUCAGGCUGUGGUUUACUGGGAGUAGGGAUCUGGCUCUCCAUGUCUCAGGGGAGCUUCGCCACAUUCUCUCCCUCCUUCCCCUCUCUCUCGGCCGCCAAUCUGGUCAUCAUCCUGGGCUCCAUUGUCAUGGUGACGGGCUUCCUGGGUUGUAUGGGUGCCAUCAAGGAGAACAAGUGCCUGUUGCUGAGUUUCUUCAUUUUCCUGUUGAUAAUUCUGCUGGCAGAGUUGAUUCUCCUCAUCCUCUUCUUUGUGUAUACAGAUAAGGUGAGUGAGAAUGCACAGCAGGACCUGAAGGAGGGUCUGCAACUGUACAACACUGACAACAACAUCGGACUGCGCAACGCAUGGAACAUCAUCCAGUCUGAGUGGCAGUGUUGUGGUGUAAGUGGGCACACAGAUUGGCACGAUGCCCUUCCUGAUAAGACGGUCCCAGACCGCUGUUGUCAGGAGCAUUAUAAAGAAUGUGGGCGCAAUUCCAGUAAUGUGUUCUGGUCUCAGGGCUGCUACGAGAAGGUGGUGGACUGGCUGGAUGAUAACAAACACCUGUUGGGCACCAUCGCUAUGUGUGUGCUGGUCAUACAGCUCCUCGGCAUGGCGUUCUCCAUGACACUGUACCAGCAGAUUCACAGAGUGGGGAAGAAGUACAAUGCCUAAAAGAAAGGAUUUAAACCUCAUUAAUAAAAAAGCAGCCCAGAAAACCUUUAUAGUCCAUUCUGCUUCCUGCAUCUUUCCAUUUCUGGACACUACCAAGCAUUAUAGACUGUGUGUCUAAACAUUAAUUCCAGUACUGUUUUAUGAUGUAUAUUUAAAAACAUUUAAAAAACACGUGUAAAGGAAACAGUAAAUGGCAGAGUUAAUAUUUGGUUGGAAGCAGAUGCAAAUGAAAUAUUUUGGAGAUGAAAUUUUGGCUCCUCGUGUACAGCAGGAUUAAUGAGCCGCCAUAGUUCCACUGUUCCUAUAAUGCAUUCCUUCAUCGAGGAAAAAGAUGGGAUUUAUUACUCACUGCUGAAGACUGCCUAUUUGUACAAUAAUGUACCUUCUCUUUCUCUCAUGCUCAUACGUUGUUUCCUCAUAUCUCAUAUAUUGACUAGAAAAGCAUGUAACGCAGAUAUCUUUCGAGGAGCUAACUGUAUAGUUGUGCACUUUGUUCACUUGCCCUUUUUAUUCUAUAAAUAGAUGAAUAUAAUCCUGUUUAUUAUGCCUGUGUGUGUGUGUGUGUGUGUGUGUGUGUGCGCGCACGCACCGUGUGGGCAGAGAAAAGUUUUCCACCAAACUAAAACUCUGCCUUUAGGCCACUAUGGAUCAGUUUCCUUUGCUUUCCUUUUUUUCUUUGUUUUGUGCUUCUUCCCUCAAUCUCUCUGUCUCUUUUUUCUUUCUUUCUCUAUCUCUUUUCUUUCUGUCUGGUUCUUUUGUUCUAAUGUUCUUACUGAUUUUUUUUUCGGUCACACCUUCCCAGUCGAGGUGAAUGAGCCAUACAGUGCAUGUUAUAAGACGGAGUGAGAGAAAGAAAAAACAUAGAGAUCGAUAAAGGACUCGACAUCAGAACAUCGAACAAAACGUCAAUUCAAAGGCGAGUUUUAGAAAUAGUCCACAUUUAUGAAGCUUAUACACACUGAGUCAUAAAGUUUUUUAUUUCCUGCUGUCCCUCGUGUGCUCAUGAUUGUUUUAUGUGUACUUUAUUCAAUAUUUUAAUCAAGUCACGAUCUCUUAUAUUUAAACUCCCAAAAGGAAAACCUACCACUUUUACAGUUUCUUUUUUGUGUACAUAUCAGGGCAGGUUUGCUUUUGAUUUUCUGAGGUAAAUGCAGUCAAUGUUAAGAGAUUUAUGUUCUGGAAAAUUUCAUCAUUAGUAUGAGGAGCAAAAAUCCACUUUCAUCUAAUGUGCAGAAACAUAUUUCCUUUUCCAGUGAUUAUGAACAAGUUAAGGGUGGCCAAGUGGUGUCACAUUACAGCCGAGGGAGCCCCAGUUCGGUCACGGACUCUGGUUGCUGUGUGUGUGUGUGUGUGUGUGUGUGUGGAGUUUUGUGUGGUUUCCUUUGAGAUCUCCAGUUUCCUCCCACCAUCCAAAAACAUGCUGUCUAAAAUAAAAUUGUCUCUUUGCGUGUCA